AUGUUUGUUAAUGAUGUUAGUUGUAACGUUCAAGCACGUCGAGAUUUUUAUUAUGGAUUAAAACAUUAUCCACGUUAUCAAGAAUAUGAAGAAGUAUAUACUGAUACUAUCUAUGCUCUUCAAAAUAUUUCAAGUAAACAUGGCAAAUGUAUUGAUGAUAAUAAACAACAUAAUCCACCAUGCUAUUAUGCAUUACAAGAAACUAUAAAAAACUGUAUAAAACGAUUGUCUGGUGUACCAGAGAAAGACGCUCGACAUUACUGUGGUUAUACAUUAAUGAAAUAUUGUGCUGUAUAUGGUUUAAGAAAAUUUCCACGUCGAAAUGAUUAUGUAAAUGUAUGUUAUGAUACUGUUAAUUCUUUACAAAAUAUACCACAGAAAUAUGGUAAAUGUUUUAAUGAAGCAACAAAUAAAAUUAAUCCAGCCUGUAUUUAUGCAUUAGCAACAACAAUGAGAAAUUGUGUGAGUGGAUUAGAUGAUGUACCUGAAUUUCGUGCACGAUAUUAUUGUGGUUAUAAACUUAUGCAAAAUUGUGCUAAAAAUGUUGGUCUUGAACGAUUUCCAUACAAUUCACAAUAUCAAAAAUUUGAUGAUGGUGAUGAUGAAAAUUAA